GAUUCGAUUAGUCUCUCUUUAAGUGCGAACAGCCGCGCAUCGCCAAUCUCUGUCCCAGAUUCCGCAGAUCUCGAUCCGGAAGUCAAUCGGUAUGCUUUCGAAAUCACUUGGAUCGCCUCUGCUCGGCUGCCUGAUCAUCAUCAGUGCAAUCUGUGGCAUCGCUCAAUCGAAUAUCGUGCAGUCCCCCUGUCCAAUGGGCUAUCAAUAUGUCAACGACAAGUGCUUUAGCUUCUGUUCCGAGGGCCAGUACUUACACAUAGAUGGAAAAUGCUACCCACAGACUACGUAUAGGUGUAGACCAGGGUAUUUUCUUAACACUGAUGGAAAGUGCUAUCGCACAAAUCCUGAACCCUGUCCUUUUGAGUCCACAACCACUACAACAACAGAACCCACUACUACAACUACAGAACCAACAACCACCACAACAACAACUGAACCCACUACGACAACAACAGAACCCACUGCUACAACAACCACCACAACAACAACAGAGCCUACAACUACAACCACCACAACAACAACUGAACCUACCACAAUAACAACAACAACAACUACUGAGCCACCUAUAGUUGAUCCUCCCAUUCUUGGCGAACUGACUCGCUGUCCGCCGGGCUCGAUUUACUUCGACUCACAAUGCCGGAAAAUCGUCUGUACGGAAGGCGAAUACUACGCUGGACGCUGCAUUUUCUCCGCCUGUCCGCCGGGAACUGUUUGGUUUGGUAAACGUUGCCAGGAACCAGGAUAUAUCACCACUAUCCUGGAGAUUGGCAAUGAGAUCCACAAUGAGCACAGAUACACGGUGACCAGCGAAAACAUAAAUCGGGUGGAGUACAUUACAGCCGCACCUUACGAUCCGGAUAAGGACAAUACCUACGACUUUAGUACACCCAUAAGUGUUCCAGAUAAUAGUGUAUACCCAACAACAACAAAAACAUCAACAACAACAAGGCGUCCCUGGAUAUAUACCAGCAUUAGGCCAACCACGGAGCAGUCGGUGGUGAUUGAACCCUUUCCGGGACGAACUCCCAAGCCGGGUUGCUGUUUCGUGAAGAGUCCCCGCAUCUGCGUCAACUAUGCCCCCAACUGGGUGUGCUCCACCAAGGAGAAGAAGUUCUGCGAUCCCAGGGUCUGUACGGCGCCAGUAGUUUAUCUCAAGCCGCCGCAGAUAGUCCAUGGUGAAAACCCAAAGCGGGUGAUAAUGCCACCCAAUCCGCCGCUCCUGGCCUGCAGUACGCCAGAGUGCAUGGAGAGCGAGGUUUUGGAUUGUUCCGGCUGCAAGGAUAAUCGGCGGGAAAAGUGCUCGCAAGGGUGCUACAGCUACUAUUGCCCCAAUGGAUCUUGCGCAUUUAUGAACACCGAGAACUUUUGCGCCAUAUAUCCGGGUGAAUUUGGGUGUAAUGCGAAAGAUGGAUGUAUAUGGGACUGGUGCAAUAAGAAGUGCUACUAACUCAAGCUCUGUCGUUUGUUAAUCUUUAAAUCUUAAAUAAAUCAAGUAAACAUUUA